AACCAGAAAACGAUUUUUUUAAAAAUUAAAUUAUUUAAACAAUUUAAUUUGUUAACACAGUUAACAGAGGUUCUUCGGGAUUUUUAUUUUGCGUUCAGUUAUCUAAGGACUCAAACGGCAGAGUUCUAUGAAGCAUUCGUUGAAUGCCUGAAUGGUGCCUUGCUAUUUUGCGUGUCAGAACUCGUUUAUCUCGUAGCCCCGAUCUGUGAAUAGUGAAUAUCAAUAAUUUAUAAUCCUUCAUUGCUCCCAGCCCGACCUGUGAUCAUUGAUCAUUGCAGCGACUUAACGCUCACCAUCUGGAUGAGAUCCCUAAUUUAUCGCCCAUACAUUUGUUUUGUAGUUUGUAUUGCUGCUGCGGUGCGGGUCGCGGUUGGGAGCGCGAUGUGAGAUGUUUCAUGAGAAUCAGAGAAUGAUCGUUGACAUACCAAAGCUGAGUUGAGAUUGUCGAGCUUCGUGAAGUGCCUGCUUCGUGAUCACUCUCAUCUCCGGGAUCACGAUGUCGCGGAGGAUGCAGCCUCCGCGAGCAGCGGCCCCCCAGACCCCUAACCCUCUUCCUGAGAAUUCUAACGCUUCCGUUCCUGCGUCUUCCAACGCCGUACCAAAUACUCCGGGCUUCGCGUUGGGGACCAAUCUGGAUGUCAGUUCCACUGUGAUCUCCACCGUGGCCAAGAAUGGCAGACGUCGUCAAGCGCGACUGGAAGAUCUCGACACGGACGAGCUGGAGCAUUACUCAGAAGAUGUCGUGGAAAUGUCCAAUAAACGGAAAAUCACCACCCGCAACGCCUUCGACAUCAAGAUGAUCGCCUGCACCUACGAGCUCCUGCAGCGCUCCAACGUGCCCCCGACGCCCGAGACCAGCCGGGGCACGACGGACGAGAUCAAGAUGUUCGCCAACCGUCUGGAGACCUGCGGGAAGAUCUUCGGGAUGCGGGUGGACAACACGCGGCUCUACGCCACCGAUCUGACCGACGAUCUGGAGCGGCUGGCCAAGGGGAAGCGGCUGAAGGCCAAGGAGGCGGGGGAGGGCGACGCGGAGGUGGUGGAGGAGGAAGAGGAGGAGGCCGCCGAGGAGAAUCCGCAGGAGAAGCGCGCGCCCACCGAGGAGGUACCGGAAGUGGUGGCGGUGGCGCCCCGCCGGGUCAAGAAGAACCGCAAGAGCCAUGUUGUCGAGGAUGAGGAGGAGUUGGCGUGUGCGGAGACGGAGAUUAACGCGAAUUUCGUCUCGCGAUUCUGGAGUCUGAUCGGGAAUGUCCAGCCGGGCGUGAUGAAGGACAGCUGGGUACACCAGGGCGAGCGCAUUGAGAACACGGAGCGGCUGACCUUUAUCAUGGAUCCCGGCUUGACCUGCGUCCAGCGGUACAAACACAUGCUGCCGCAUACGGCGGCUGUUGAGGCGGAAGCACCGCGUUCGCAGCGAGCAGCACCCACGCUGAAAAAGGAAGUGGCGGAUUCGGCGGAGCGAGCCGUUCUGCAAUUAUCGCUCCAGCUCAAAAUAAGUCAGCGGCUGACCGUUGAUUCCUGUGUGAGUUUUCCUAGAGCGCACGAGAAAUAUAUUGCGAAAGCGGAACAGUCGGCCGGCGAGAAAACGAAACGAAAUCACCGAGUGUUGCCGGAGAAUGUGGCGGACAUUGACAAUUUAGAGGCGCGUUUCCUCGAGCGCUGCAGUAUCUCCGUGGACGGCACCGUCCACCAGAUGACGGAAGAGGAACCCGCCAUCGAGGAGGAUGAGGAAGUACAGGCGCGCGAGAUCGUGCCGUCCCGCUUCCGGACUCCUCAAGAUCUGGACGUCUCCAAUGUCACAGAUGAUCUCCACGGCGACAUGAUUGUGGACGACGAUGAUACCGGUAUUUCCAAAAACUCCAGUAUAACUCCCGCAGUUGAGGAUGCAGGGGAAGAAAUUCCUUCGAUUCAAGACAUGGAUACGGUCAACAAUGAGAAUGUGGGAUCGGAGCAUUCCAGUGAUCCAUUUCGAUUUGUUGCGCCGGGCGCUUCGGGUCGUGGACUAUCUGAAAAUCGUUCCGUGCAUGCGCCUUCGGAGCCCGGAAGUGCCUCCUCCAAGACGUCCAAAAAGAGUCGCUAUGGAUCGGUCGUGCAGGAACUUCCCGAUGUGAUUGUGGACGAGAAGCCGUCGCUGCUGAACAGCAGUCUGUUAUCGAUGAAAAGCGGUAGUCGCGCGGAGAAAGACGAAACCUUCCCCCCGAGUCUCACCUUCACCAACGAGGAAUUUAUGCGCGUCAGCAGCAUCCUGGCGCGCUCUAAACGCGACACCAUCCGCAACGGCUCCAAGGAUAAACUCUGUGCGCAGAUCCUGCGCAGCCCCGGCAGGGAUGUCCCCCCGGUGAUCAUCCCCUCGCGCACCUUCCUGCAACUGCCCCCCGGCCUCGGGCGUUGCGAUCCCGAGGCGGUGAUGUCGGUGCUGGGCAUCCAGACCAAGGCGCUGCAGAAGAAUCUCAAGGAUUUAAUGACAUGGCUGCCGCCGGUUGAUGAUAACGGCGAUAAUACCGAGAUUAAUAAUGAUGAGCUGGUGCUGGCGUGCCGGCGCGGGUACGAUGAGGAUUUUGAUGCGGAUUUGGAGCGGUUGCAGCGCGGUUGGGGCGAUAAUGAUGAUAAUUACUCCCUGUCGUCCGAGGAUAUUUCCGAUCAAGAGGAUUUCGCCGACGCGGACGACGGCACCCUGAACACCCCCAGCGACCAGAUCAGCACCGUCGCGUCCCCGGACACCGAUGAGCGCAGCGCCUCGCACCUGGACACCACCAACCCCGAGCUCAGUGCGGUGAUGGACGAUCUACCCGUGGACGAAGGGAACAGCGACACCACGAAGGAUCCUGUGCAGCCGGACACGGAGGCGACGGCCUCCUUGGACGGGGUGCCGUCGCGGUCACCGUUCCACUCCCCGGAGCAGCGGGUGGCGGAGGACGCGCCUGCGGGCAGUGAUUGGCGCGAUGUGAUUGAUCUGCCGGUGGCGGCACGCACCGAUAAGGAUCUGGGGAUACUGAGUGCGCAGGAUGUCCGCCAGAGCGGCAUCGAUGUGGUGGCCAAUUUCGAGCAGCUGACCGAGGAGGAUUACGCGCCGGAGACCAAUGUCGUGUUCGCCGAGAAUAUCGCUCUGCGGGAUUGCACGGGCGCCGGCGUGAAUAUCGGCAAGAUGAAGUUGGCCGUGCAGAAGACCUACAUGAUGCUGAUUAAAUACCGGCAACGGGCCUGGGAGCGGGGCCGCGGGCAGGAUCGCGAGCAGAUGCCGGUGUUGCGUGCGCGGCAUUUAAUUGAAUGGGUGUACUUGAAGCUGGACCGUAAGCAGCGCAACCACAUCAAUCCCAGCGUCGUCUUCAGCUGCUUGCUGCACUUGGCAUACGAAAAGAAACUGUACCUGAUCUGCGCGGAGGACCUAACGGAUGUGCACGUCAUGACGGAGGAGGAAUACACUUCCUACACGCGCCUCCACCCCCAUCUCAACCGCCUGACCGACCCCUACAUCACCACCCUCCUGCGCCUGCCCCUCCCGCUCUCCAUCACCCCGGAAGUGGACAUCCCUACCCCGACAGCUCCCCCGCCGCCCCCGGCCACCCCGCCACGGCGGCGCUGCAGUCGGACGUGGAGAGUGACGAGAGCGACACGGAGACGGCCUCCCUGGCCACCACCUCCCCCCGCACCACCGCCACCAGUGUGGCCAAGCGGAUGCGGGUCCUGGAGACGGAAUAGUGGAAGGUUCCUGGUUGUUACUUGUUAUUACGUCAGUCCUGGUAAUAUGGGUUUCCGAGGAUUUUAAUUUCUGUUUAAGUUAAUCUUCUGUUUGUCGCACUUUCGUGGCGUGGUGGCCUUUUGUUUAUACAUGUUUUUGACCUUUUAUUAGUAUUUUCCGUUCCAAAGAUGUAUAUUAAUUUUGUAUUAUUACGUUAUGGCUUCGGUUGGUUGGUUAACGGCGGAUGUGUGGCCGCAAAAUGAUCUGGUUGUUUGUUGCGUUUCCGCAUAGUUGCUGGAAGUUACUGAUGUGCGAUAAUCGUCCGAAAGAUAGGCCAGAAUUAUAGGAAUAAAGCAUUUAAACGGAA